CCUCGCCCAGCGGCUUGUCCGCCGUUUGGUACGCGUCCUUCGUCUCGACGGUGCCUCCGUCGGCCGCGUCGAGAACGCCCAGCAAGGCAUCAGUGGCGAUGGAUAGCGUGCGCGCUGACGCCUCGCGAGCCGCCUCCCCCUCCCCCUCCUCCUCGCCGUCCUCCAGCUGCUCGAACAGCCGUGCAGCGGUCUUUCCUGCCUGCGCUCGCCGCACCGCGUUCAGCUCCUCCGCCGCCGCCGCGCCCUCCGAGGCCUCCGCCGCCGCCGCGGCGGCGGCGGCGGGCGACGGCGUCGCGGUGGCGGCGGCGGCAGCCGCAGCCUUGCUCUCCGCCCGCUUCGCCGCCUCCCGCAGCCUCUUGUGGCGCGUGGCGCGCGCGGUUUUGGCUUGCCCGGGUCGCUUGGGGUCAAACUCGAUGGUCUCGAUGCGCCAGCCGUCACGCGCGUAUGCCUCGCCGAGCGCACGCGAGACCCUUGCCCACAGCUUGCACUCCGCCUCGACGUCGCCCUGGAAGUGUGGCACCCUGUGCCACGGCCGCUCCGGGUUGUCCUUCUCGAGCUCCCGGUCGUAAUCCUCGUGGCGCGCGGCAAGGACGGCGCGCCAGCGCUGCUCCGUCUGCGCAGGCCGGGGCCGCUCGACCAUGAGCGCGUCCAUCUCGACGUCCGCGUUCUCCUUCUCGCCGCCGCCGCCGGCGAGCGGCUUGCGCCGGCGCCGGCGGCCGGACGCCGCCGCCGGCGCAGGUGCGGGCGGAGUCGCGCGCCCCGUCUCGUUGUCGGGCGACUCCUCGCCGCCGGCGGCGUCGGGUGCGGCGACGUCGGCCUGCGAGUCGCGAGGGCGGCCUGCACCGGCGGCGGUCCGCAACGUCUCGCGGCGCGCCGCCAGCCACGCCGUGAAUUCAUGGGCGAUGUCGCUGUCGUCGGGCGGCUGGUACAAGCUCGGCUGGAUGUGGUCCAUGAAGGCCUCCAUCUCGGCCGCGGUCACGUCGUCGGGCGCGUCGACGGGCUGCAAGGCCGUGGACCGCACGGCGGGGCGGCUGCGCCAGGACUGGCGCGUCGCUGACGACGAGCCGAAGCAAAAAGGGCUGCACGACGGCAAGCCCGGCUGCAUUCUCGCGCCGGGACGGCGAUCCUGGCUGCAGAAUCCGCCAACGUUCAUCGACCACCAGUGUGGCCGCUUCCUCAUCAUGGACGCGCCGACAGAUGCGAACCUCUCUCUCUAUCUCGAGGAGGCACGCCGGCUCGGCGUCGGCACGUGGGUGCGCUGCUGCGAGGGGUGCUCGUACGACCCGGCCAAGGUGGCUGGCGCGGGCAUCAGCGAGCACGACCUCAGCUUCCCCGACGGGGAGGCGCCGCCGCUACCGCUCAUCUCGCGCUGGCUGGACCUGUGCUUUGCGGACGAGGCGACCGUUGCUGCGGGGGUGGAUGCAGGCGACGCCGUCGAUUUCAUCAGGAAGAGACGGCGCGGCGCGAUUAACAAGGUGCAGCUCAAGUAUGUGCUGGAGUACAAGCCGACACGGCGCAAGGACAAGUGCGUGCUGAUGUGA